CCAACGUCGCGUCCCUCGGGGAAGGGAUGCAAUCGUGUACGAUCUGUCAUCGCCCUUAGUUGAUUAGUUCUCGAUUCGAGUAUCAACCCGAUUGGAGAAUCGGGGAAAUUUCACAGGAAUUCCAAGAGAACAAACACAGUUGUUACUCAGGACAGAGUUAGAGUGUGCAAGUGAGUGCAACACGAAAAGCGCUCAGAAGCGCCGCGAAUGCCAGGACGCUUGACAACACUCACUAUCAGCAGUGUGUGUCGCAGCCUAUAAUGGCAUUGUAUCAUCGUGUGGGUGAAUAUUCACGCCGCGUCUGUGUGUCCCGUGUGACGCGAGUGUGAGCGCACACAAAGGUGCGCGUCCAAACGUUCGCUCGUCGAAACAAAUCACUCAAAUUGGUGUGUACUGUUGAUUUUUUUUCUCCAUUUCUUUUCUUUCUCUCUUCCCCCUUUCCCCACCCUCCCCCUAUGCUCUAUGCUCGUCGCGAAACGCACGACGGAGAUAGAUACGCGCACUUAGGCGAGAAUUGGCGCGCUCGGUACUUUUCGGCGCACGUUCCGAACGCACCCGAUCGUCUCUCGCGCAGUGCGAGACAACAGUUGUAACCAGCCUCGCCGUUCCUCUCGGGGCGAGGAGUUUGUGAGUUGCGCGAUUCGCGAGGUCGGUGUAGAAAAAAAAGGCCAAAAUAGCCGAGCGCGGGGGGAUCUGCUCUCCCGUGUAUGCCAAAAUAUCGGUUCUGUCCGUGCGUGGCGAGGACGCGAACGACGUCGUCGGGUUUGCUCGUACCAGGCGAGUGGGCGACACAACCGCCGAGCGAGAGAGCGAGAGAGAGACAACGCCGGUCGAGCCUUAAAUAUCGAUUUUGGACGAGCCGCGGUACUCUCUCCGUCCGUCCUCCACGACGGAAUCCGUUCCGCCACCUAUGUGGUCUGGAAGAGUACACAAGCGACGUGCACGCGACGACAACAGACUUUUGACAGUCUGCCGUCUCGGCGUACAACAUCCUUGGUUACUCGUUCGCAUCGUCUUGCUAACCAACGCGAACCAGCCAGACGACGACGUGCGCGCGACGACGACGACUCGCGCUCUCAUGGAUGUGUGACGCGUUAAAAAUGUCGAUCGCUCACGACGACAGCCACGUGUGUUUGGUGUAUUCUUUUUAGUGGAAGCGAGAGAUCUCACGCGAGAAAACGCGAGACAAAAAAAAAACACAUUCUCACGCGUCUCGAUCGAAAAAAAGAAACGCUUAAUGUCGUUCGUGAAAAAGCGCGCGGCGAGAGUCAUUACUCAUCGAGGGAGGAGAAAAUUUCAGACGGACGACGACGAGGAGUAGGAGGAAGACCAAGGAUGUCAUGGCGCGCCUUAGCCGAUUGAUAAGUUGACGGAUAGCGAAAUUGAUAAAUUGGUAAACGGAGAGAAAAAGAGAAACGAUACUUCUUUUUUCAAGAAGGAAGAAAGAGAAAGGUGGGGAAUACGUCGCGCGACAGGUGGAAUUUGCGAAAAAAAAAAAAUUCGUAACGAAACAACAUCGGAUUCCCGCGAUUUGCGACGAUGAUCGCGAACUCGUCUCACCGCAUUUGCCAUUAUGUAAACAUGCUCGGUCAAGCCUCAUCGAAGAGACACGGUUUUUAAAUCUAUCCUCCUGUGUGUGUGAGAGAGAGAGAGAGAAAGAGCGAGUGUCAACAAAACGGGAAAAAGGAAGGAGAAAAAAGAGGAGGAAGCGGUGAAGAGACAAGAUUGUUGCUGCGCUCGGGUAAAGGAAAAGCCGCCAGCAGCGACGAGCUGCUGCCUCGCAUCGGAAAGAUGGUUUCGCGAUAUGGCGUCCAGAAGGAGAGCGCGGUGGGUGUCGCCGUCGGUGCCUUAGGACCGAUGCAUUGUCUGCUGCCACACUGUGGCGGUCCUCAUGGUCAUCACCAUCUUCAGGCGUCGCAUCCUCAGAAUCCACAGCCGGGCCAUCCCGUUCAUCCACCGCCACCGCCAUCGCCGUCUCCCCACUUAAAUCUGACGCAUCCUCAGCUUACCGUGAAUAUCGGCCACCUUGGCCACCAUCAUCACCAUCAGCAGCAACAACAGCAGCAGCAGCAGCAACAGCAGCAGCAACAACAGCAGCAGCAGCAGCAACAACAACAUCAAUUACCUCCGCAAUAUCGAGUCACUACGAAUCGGUCUGAUUUCCAUGGAAGUUACAGUGCCCAACCGGGUGGUCAGGUGGGUGGCAGUGGGAAUGUAGGAGUACCAACGGGUAGAGGGCCGCCACCGCUUGGCGGUAUACAGACUUUAGGACAGUCGGCGGCGGGUAUACCGCCAGGAGGUCCUGGCCAACCAAAUCAAGCAUCUACUCCGGGAGUGCAAAAUCAAGGCCAACCUACUCCAACCACUACACCACCUGUAGUGCCGCCAUCUCAAGAUAUGGGUAAACAAGGACAUUUACCGACCCAACCGCCAUCUCUGCAGCAGGUUUACGUGCCUGCACAAAACAGGCCGGCCUCUCAAGGCUAUUACCAAGCAGGUCCUAGACCUCAACAGCCACGAAAUAUUACCCAUAGAGGUCAGGCUAGCGGCACACCGGUGGUCGGGAUGGCUGGAGUAGCUGGUGGCGGAGGACAACCGUCAGCGAUAUACUCGCAUCCUGCUUUGCCUGUACAAAGUGCGAUGUUCCUGGGGCAAAAUCAAUCAAUACACGGACUCCAUUCCCACCAACAGAAUAUUUAUAACCACCAGAUACCGAUUCAGUAUUCUGGGCCCCGACAUCAGCCUCAUCAGAACCAGUCGUUUUUCCAGUAUCCAACACAGAUAAUGCCUAGUAUGUUUAGUAGUUACAGUCAUGCCCCAGCUCCAUCUCACAACUGUAAGUUCUAUUCGAGUUUCGCGACAUUCUGGAUGUCAAAUCAACCCGAUGAUAAUCUUGAAAUUGACUUGGUUUUAGAUUAUUUUGCCAACUCGAUGAGUCUUACGAGGGGUAAUACAAGUGCCGUUAGCGGUGGAACGCAACAUGUAGCAGGACCGCUAGCAGGUACUCAAGGUGCUCCAGUUGUACCACAGGGUGCACUGCAACAGACGCAACCAGCGGCCCAGCCCCUUCCACCAAUGGGCAUUCCAUUGUCACAAACUGAUGUCUAUUCACAUAAUAGUAGUGCAUCAAAUAUAAGAUCCAGAAAACGAGGUCAAAAUGCGAUUAUGGAUAUCGUAGAUCCUCUAACUGGAAAGAAUAUUAGUGAUGAAAUUUAUGAGAGUGUUCAGAGUGGUGAAUCUAGUAAUCGUCAAACACCACAGUCUCAGAAUAAUGGUGCGGAAGUAAUAGCUGAUUUCGCGGCUCGUGUCGCGAAAGCCGCGACUGAGGAAUCUGAUACAAGCGCAAAUGAAACAGCGCCCAGUGCACAGGCGUUACAAAACACUUCUGUUAAUCAAUGUAAUGCCAGUCCGCCCAUGCUAAAUACGCAAAAAAAUAUAGCUGGCGCUGGCGCUGGCAGUAUUGUAUCUACGAUAAAUAAUCAAUUGUUAGAUACUAAUAGUAUGUCUCAAAUCGACUCGGGCGCGACUAAAGCCGAGUCGAAGGCGUUGCAACUCCCAGCGAAGGAGUUCCAACCCAGAAGUGAAGCAAAAAACGUGACGAUUGAGGAAUCGUCGCCUGUCGUCGUACCGUCGGUGGUAUCCGUUGCAAAUAAAGAUAAUGUUUCCGUGCAGUUCACCGUUUCGUCUACCACUACCACCACCACCACCACCACUACUACUAUUACCGAAUCAACGUCAGUUGCAUCUACGGUGAAUGCUGCAGCAGAACCCGAGACUGUUGCCGUUGUAAGUGGAACCGGAAACGGACCUGUACCUGAAGCUAAAAGUGUAAACAACACUUCGGCCGUUUUACAAACGCCGCCGGUCGCGAUGUACUGGACUAGUCUUCCUCAGGAGACUCCGAAACCGUCCGUUACUUCUUCAACAGUUUCUCAUCCCGUUCCUACGAAGGAACCGUUUCCCAACUUGGCAGCCAAGACGUCGAGUUCACCGCCGAGGAGAAAACAAAAUGUAACCGAACCGCCUUCGAGUAAGGACUCGAAGGAACAACGUAAAACACGUGAGAAGAGUCUCGGUUCUAGAGGCGCUACUCCGACUCCUGAUCAUCAUCAGAAGACGAACGGCGACGCGACCAGCGAUAAAACGGAAGGGGAAGCGCUUCCCAGAAAUUCAGACAUUCAGCAAAAACCAUCUGAGGGCAAAAAUAGCAACAGCAUGCAGAAACAAAAAAGUAAGAACAAAUUGAAACCACGCGAUCUCAAUCGCAAGGGUGCCGAGAAGGAAGGCACCGAUAUGGACGCUUAUGUAAAUCCGGCGUCGAAGACCGCGGUGGAGCCCAAGCAAGACAGCAAGGAGCAACACGUUCUUGCUCCGAAGGACACCAACAAGGAGCUGACCAGAGACGCGACCACCAAGGAAUUAAAGGAAAAGGACAACCAUGAGUCAAAGAAGGAAAAGGAGAUCCUUCUUGCAAAAAGCGAGAACAAACACGCACCAGCCGAGGUGCCGAAGGAAAGCGCGCCAGUUUUACACGCCGCUGAUAAGCCUCCAGUUAACAAGGAAGCGUUGAAGGAAUUACCGAAAAUAGAGGAUAAUAUAAAAUCGACGAACAUAUGCAACGCGCAUCCUCCAGUUCCUAAUGACGUCGUCGAUCAUGCAAAAGUCAAGGAGGAUAUUAACUUGGAGGCGCUGGUCGCGCAGAAAAAUGAAGAAAAUUACAAGGUCUCGGCGCUCCACACAUCCAACGACGACAACAAGCCGGCGACAAUAACAUCGUCGACGGUGGUUGACGAGAAAAAGCAAGAAGUCGAGACUCCUAGCAGCAGUAGUAACGCGUCCAUGGAAAUGACGCCUAGGCAGCCUCAAUUAAAAUACAUCUACAAAGAGGAUCAAUGGAGUCCCAUAAACACCAGUGGGAAAAAAAUUUACGACAGGGACUUCCUGAUGAAAUUGCAGUUUGAUCCCAACAGCAAGCUGAAGCCGCCUAAUUUGCCGAAUCUCCAAGCUGUUCUGAAGGACAGUCUACAGAAUACACACGGCAGUUCCAUGGAUUUGAGAGCGUUCAAAGAAACAAAUCUGACUAGACAUGACGCAUUGCUGCCCGGCUUUGCCAAAACUGCGAUAAGUGUUCGGCCGCGCACGACAGGUCGAGGAAGCGAAAAAGGAAAAGUCAAACCAAACAAGCCAAAUGUCAUUCACAUGUCGUUGUCUCUCAGAGAAGAUGUAAAACUUAGAGAGACGGAAAAUGCAUGGAAGCCUUCCAGACUAAAACAAAUUAGUCUGACCGAAGAGGAGGCAAAAUCAGAAGCCCUUUAUAAGCGCGUUCGCAGUGUUCUCAAUAAAUUGACUCCUCAGAAAUUCCAGACACUCAUAGAACAGGUGAAAAGUUUGCCUAUUGAUACGCAAGAACGGCUGCAAGGUGUCAUCAAUCUGGUGUUUGAGAAAGCGGUUGAUGAACCGAGCUUCUCUGUUGAAUACGCCCUUAUGUGCAAAGAACUUGCGAUGAUGGAAGUCGCGGGACCCGAUAAUCAAGACAGCUCGAUCAGCUUUAAGAAGCUUAUCAUAACGCGCUGCCAAAAAGAAUUUGAAAAGAACCCGAUUGACGACGUAGCAAGAAAUAAAAGAUUAAAAGAAAUAGAAGAAUGCACUGACCCCGAAAAGAAAAAGGAAUUGCAGCUGGCACUCGAAGAGGAGGAGCGUCGGAUACGAGUUAAGUCUGUAGGAAAUAUCAGAUUUAUUGGAGAACUGUAUAAACAACAAAUUUUAACUACAAAAAUUAUGCACCGGUGUAUACGUCAUUUAUUAGAUCAAAAUGAUGAGGACAACUUGGAAUGUCUGUGCAAAUUGUUAACGACAAUUGGAAAAGACUUGGACUGCAAAGGAAGCGCCGAGGACAUGCAGGAAUAUUUCAGUAGAAUGCAAGAUAUCGUUGCUCGGAAAGGUCAUAGUAAAAUUAGCUCGAGGAUUAGAUUUAUGCUUCAAGAUGUCAUAGAACUGCGAGCAAGCAGAUGGAUCCCUCGAAGAAAUGAGGGCAAUCCUAAGACAAUUGAUCAGAUUCAGAAAGAAGCUGAAUCGGAAAGACUCGACAUGCAAGUCAACAGUGCUCCGUUGAGCACUCCGCGAAAAGAUGACCGUAAUAAUGAUAGGAAACGAAAUCGAUUAGGCGGUCCUACUGACGAUGGUUGGAGUCAACCAGUAGGAAGAGUUCGUCCAACGACAUAUUCAGUUGAAACAGCUAAACUAAAGAAUAAACCACCACCAAUGGACGAUAUGCAACUUGGCAACAGAGCAUCUUACUUGUGGAGGGCUACCACCCCGUCCAGUAGUUCUAAUAAGACAAUAAGUUCUAAUAAAUUCGCAUGUUUAGAAAAUAUGUCUAACCUGGACCAAGAUAAAAGGAUGCCGCCUCUCCCACUUUCUGGAUCAAGAUCAACGGGUCCGAGAGAAUGUGGUCGUGACUACAAGUCUUACGAUGGUAGAGGUUCUCGUAAUGGUACUCAUCAGUUGGGAGCAUCGAGUAGAGAAAGUCAUUCAUUAUUGGACAGUUCCCAAAGUCGAAACGUGUCGAUGCCUCCGCCUGUGAUGAAGUCUGUCUCGCAGUCUGGUGCAAUUAGUCACAAGUCACCAAUGACAGAUCAAGAGUUCACGAAAGCGUACAACUCGAUACUAAAACAUUAUCUUGAGGAGCCUAUUGUUGAGAAUACUGGAUUGGAGAUUCAACAGAAGUUCGAUAAUGCGACUUUCGGCAAGUUCACUCGAGAAUGUAUUAAUCACGUUCUCGAAAAAAUGCCUACUGAGCGAGAACUGGUCUCAAAACUUCUGUCUCACUUGCUUAGACGAAAUAUUCUACCUCUGCAAUGUUUCAAGAGCGGGUUAGACGAAGUGCUAGAAAUAGUAGACGAUUUGGUGAUUGAUAUACCGAAAAUUUGGACGUAUCUAGCAGAAAUCCUGUCACAUCCGAUAGAAGACGGAGCUGUCCCAUUGUCCGAAAUGAAGAGUAUACUUCUAAAUUUAAGAAGUCAGGGCUUUGUAGGCAAAUUCAUUGGUGAACUUUUAACGAAAGUAUCCCGUGAUAAAGGACCUAAAUGGGUUGCCGAUAAAUGGGACCAAAGUGGACUGCUCUUGAAUAAUUUAAUAGACACAGAACUCGAAAAUGCCGAUAAAAUUAUCAAGGAAUAUAAUCUCGAGUUCCUAACUGGUGACUAUAACAGUGCCAAAGUCUUCGCGAGCGAAGAACUCCCAUUAGAGAAGAUUCAAGAACAUUUGACGAAGCUUAUGAAGGAGAGUGCUUCUUUCGACGAGAUUUGUAGUUGGAUAGAACUAAAAGUUGGUGAAAGGAACNAAGACCCAAGAUUCAUACGACAUUUAAUGACUGCCAUUUUAGAAACUACGUUCGAAAAAGUUCAUAAUACUUGGAAACUAAACUUAGACACUCUUGCAAGUCUCGAGACGUUAAUUCACCGAUAUGUCGANGCGAAUGAAUUGCUUGAAUUACAGUGUCUUUACGCAAUUCAAAAUUACAUGACGAAAAUCGAGUUUCCACCAGGUACUCUUAUACCUAUUAUGAACCAGUUAUGGAUGGACAAUAUUAUAUCAAGUGACGCAUUUUUAACGUGGAAAUCGAAAACUCCCGAGGCAAAAGAAGACCUCGCUGGUCACAGCGUCUCGUUAGUUGCGCUUACAUCGUUUUUCACUGACCUUCAAGAACCCGACGAUAAUUCCAGCGUCGAAGAAUUAUCAACUAGUGCUAAGCAAGAGGAGUGUUGACGAUACUAUCAAUUACAUUAUUGUCUAUUAAAAAGACUUAACUACGCGUUUCCCCGUUGAAAGAAAAAUACAACGCUCGUAAUGUGAAAUAGCAGUUGUGUUUUUUUUUCUGUCGUAAAAAACAAUGGAGAACGCAGAACUCCUCGAAGUAUUGGAGCAAAAUGGACAUUUUUAUGACAAAUAAUGAACUGUGACCGAGAAAUGUGUAUAAAAUAUGAUCUAUAUACCUAAUCUUUUCACAAUUCUCCAACCAACGAGUAAGGGAAAAAAGUGAAAAUGUGAAAA